AUGGCGGCGGCUGCACAUACACAGACCCACUCCCUCGCCUGCUGCUUCUCCCUCGCUUAUCAGUGCAAGGCGCCGCGGGAGAGAAAAGGAGGCGGGCUGGGAAGGGAAGCCCCCACCGUGUUUGCCGCCAGCGGAAUCUUUGCCACCCUGCAGCUGGUGCUGUGUGUGCUCGCCACCACGGACCGGAGGAGGACUGACCUAUCGGGAUCGGCUCCCCUGGCCAUUGGUCUUUCUGUGGCCUUGGGGCACCUUCUCGCUAUUGACUACACCGGUUGCGGGAUUAACCCAGCCAGGUCUUUUGGUUCGGCCGUGGUGAAGGGUGACUUUCUGAAUCACUGGAUCUUUUGGGUCGGCCCAAUGCUCGGAGGCGUCAGUGCCACCCUCAUCUAUGAUUUCCUCCUGGCUCCCAGGACCAGCGGCAUCACCGAGCGUAUGAAAGUUUGGACCAGCGGGCAGGUGGAAGAAUAUGACCUCGAUGUCGACGACUCCAGAGUGGAGAUGAAGCCAAAAUAGAGGAGAAUGGAGAGGGGAGGAAAAGCAAAGCAAAGGAAAAAAGAAAAGCAAGAACAAAAACCCUUAUCCCAUUUUCUGGAGAUUUGUAUCAGUAUUAUAGACUCUUUAUAAAACGAGAAGCAGUUCUUCCACAUGGUUUUAUAAGCCACUAGGGUUUCCUCUCUUUCCUCUUUUACCUGCUGGCCUUGUUACACGGGUGGCUUCACAGUGAGAAAAAUAUAGGGCCAAAUUUCGUUUAUUUUUGUUUGAGAGCUCAGGAGAUGAAUGAUUUGGAAGCCCGGGUGUAGGUUUCUCUAUCCAAAGAGGUUGGCUUCCCCUAAUACAUAUUGGUAUAGGACAAUGAAGUCCACAUGACCAGCCAAUGCAGUCAAAAAAAUGAAUGCUGAAGAGUUGCUUAUAAGAAAUGCCACUGGAGAAAGGAUCGAUUUCAGGUCCACAUUCCUGAAAUGGAAAAUUAUGGGGAAGGGGCAGAUCCAAUGGAACAGAUGGUCAGAUCCAACAUUUCCAGGGGCUAUCUUGUUCUCUAGAAAGAAAUCCAGGGUCCAGAAAUGUAUUUGAGUGUAUAAACUGACCCUACACAAGUGGCUAGACUCCAUAAUAAAGUUGGCACCAUCUGGCUGUGGAGCACAUUUGAACAUAAUUAGAGCCAUGCUGGAUCAGACCAAAGUAGGGUGCCAACCUCCAGGUGGUGUCUUGAGAUUCCCUGGGAUUACAAGUAAUCUCCAGACAACAGAUAACGGUUCACCUAGAGAAAGUGGCCACUUUGGAAGGUGGACUCU